ACGGUGAGGGGACAGGGGACACUGACAGGGUCUCUAGGCACAGAAGUGUGGGGACACUGAGGGACAGUGGGAGGGACUGGGGACAUUGGGGUGCAGAAGAUGGGUAUGGAGGAUGCCUGGGGGUCUGGGGACAUGGGGGGACCAGGGGCAGAGGUGGGGGUCUGGGGACACUGGGAAUGGCAUUGGGUGGCCCAGGAAGGCCAAGACCCUUCCUGAUGCAGUGUCCCUGCCCCUACCGUGUCCCCAUGUGUCCCCCAGACCCCUGCACCCCUCAGCACGGCUCCCUGGGCACUGAGGUGCUGCUGCUGUGCCCGGGGGGUGAGGCCGAGUGGCGCCGGGGGGACACUGUCCUGGGCACGUCCCCGGCCCCGGGGCUGGCCCUGCCCAAUGCCAGCCUGGCCCACGAGGGACACUACAGCUGCCACCACCCUGUCACCGGCGAGACCUGGGCCACCAUCUGCCUGCAGCUGGGCUACCCGCCCCCGCCACCGGCCAUCGAGUGCUGGGCCACCAGCUACCCCCAGGCUGUGAACUGCUCCUGGGGGCUGAGCCCCGAGCCCCUCCUGGACACCGACUUCGUGGCUACCUACAGGCACGGCACAGACACAGGUGAGUGCACCCCCACGGGCCCGCGGAGCUGCUCCUUCGGGGACCUGCAGGUGUUUUCCCUCACUCCCUACGAGCUCAACGUGACAGCCCGGAACCCCCUGGGAGCUGCCUCCGGAGCUCUGCCCUUCCUCCUGGAGAACAUCAUAAAGCCGGACCCCCCCGAGGCCCUGCGGGUCUCCUCCAUCCCUGGGGAGCCCCAGAAGCUGCUGCUGGAGUGGAGCCCUCCAUCAUCCUGGCCAUUCCCGGAGUAUUUCCUGCUCCACUACCGCAUCCGCUACUCCCGGGACAACGACUCCGUCCCCACCACGGUGGGGCCGUACGAGCUGACAUCCCACACCCUGACGGACCUGGAGCCCGGCAGCCUCCACCACAUCCAGGUGGCCGCCAAGGACAUCACGGAUUCCGGGGAAUUCAGCGCCUGGAGCCCGCCGGUCUCGGGGACACCCUGGGUGGGGCUGUGACAGCCAGGCAGGGCCGCUGUCCCCAUCCCAGGCCUGCUCCCGUCCCUUAUCGCACCCCAGCAGCGCGGAACCACCAGCGCUGCCAGGAAAGGGCAAUAAAAGGGUUUGAGCUCC